AUUUAUUGGAAAUAAACCCACGGAUGGGAAAGAUAAUGGACUUCAAUAAGUUUGACUCCGCUUUCUUCGGACUCAACGAACAAUCGUCGAACCUGGUGAACCCCCAGAGCAGGAUGCUUCUGGAGGUUACCUACCAGGCCAUAGCUGACGCUGGUUACAAUCCGCAAACAUUACGUGGCAGUAAGACAGGUGUGUACGUCGGUGUUAUGACAUAUGCCAUGACCGAUGGCUAUCCAGAGGAAGCUCAGCCCGAUCUGAUCUCGUGUAUGACGACCGAAUUUAAACACAUGUCUUAUAUGAAGUCCUUCUACUCGAGUACCAUAUCGUUUGUGUUUGACUUCAAGGGUCCGUCGAUGGCGGUGGACACCGCCUGUUCCGGGUCGGGCACUGCCUUUUGUCUGGCUAUGAACGACCUACGGCUAGGUCACAUCGACAACGCCAUCGUGUGCGGCACACACAUGACAUUUGAGCCUAUUCUACUGCAACUGUCACAGGAGUUGGGCGUUUGCUCGGCCCGGGGGGUGUCGGCCCCACUGGACGAGGGGACCGACGGGUACGUGAAGGGGGAGGCCGUAUGCGGAGUGUUUCUACAGAGGCGUGAGUGUGCGCGUCGAGUGUACGCCAGUGUGCGGUCGGCCCGCAUGAACAUUGACGGCCAUAAGACGUUAGGUAUGUUUCUGCCGUUAUCCGAGUCACAGGAGGAGCUCAUGGUUGACACCUAUAAGGAAAUUAAUGUCGACCCCUUGAAACUUACUUAUUUUGAGGCUCAUUCUACUGGGACUAAGCUUGGCGAUCCUUUGGAGUUAAAGGCAAUAUACAACGCCUAUUGUAAAAGACCGGGACGUAAGGAACCACUGCCACUGGGUGUAUUGAAAAGUAACAUGGGUCAUGCUGAGUCUGGGUCGGGGACGGCAUCCAUUAUAAAAGUGUUGAUAUCCUAUGAGAAUGAAUGCAUUCCUCCCAAUCUUAAUAUGACUAAAAUGAAGGACGAGUGUGCGGUCUAUUGCCCACCAUUAAUGCCUGUUCUUAAACCAUACCCUUAUGAACCAGGUUCACUUAUAGUGAAGAAAAUAAGUGAAGAAAACAAUGAAAUGAAAUACGAAUACAAGAAACAGAUGGGAGUUAUGAAAGACAAGACAUUGAGACCCCUUUGGCUACUGUUCCCCGGUUUGGGCGGACAAUGGCCUGCAAUGGCUAAGGCUUUGAUGCCAAUCAAGAUUUUUAGUGAUAAAGUGGAGGAAUGCCAUCAGAUUUUAAAAGACUUUGACAUCGAUUUGAAAAAAUUAUUGUUAACUGAAGACAAGUCUCUGAUGUCGACAAUGACUGCAAAGUUCUGUUCGACGACUGCUUUAGAGAUAGCAUUGAUUGAAGUGAUGAAAGCCAUAGACAUCACACCCGACGGCAUAAUCGGCCACUCGUUU